AUGAAGCAAGCUUUUGUGUUCAUCGCUCAGCUGUUCUUAGCUUCCAGUAUCGCCGCAAGAACAUUCACCAUAAAAAAUAACUGCCCUUUCACCAUUUGGCCAGCUCAUUUUACCAACCCGGACUCGCCUGCCAGACUUACCAGUCAACCCGCCGGUUGGGAAGCUCAACAGUCCAGCCAAAAGAGCUUUCAAGUCCCCGAUGGUUGGGCCGGAAGAUUCUGGGGAAGAAGAAACUGUGACUUCUCCAAACCCGGUCCCACCUCUUGUGCGACUGGAGGUUGUAACGGAGGACUGGUGUGCGAUUCAAACACUGGUUCGGGAGUUCCCCCGGCAACUCUUGCGGAGUUCAAGUUGAAUGGUGAUGGCGGAAAAGACUACUAUGAUGUUUCGAACGUCGAUGGCAGCAACCUUCCAGUGCUCAUCAGCAACAACAAGGGUUGUCCGAGCCCCUCCUGUGGAAAGGACUUGAAUCCUGGCUGUCCCGAUGAUCGAUUGAAAGUGAGAGAUGGUAACGGGGUGACCAUCGGCUGUCUUUCAGCGUGUCAGGCAAACUUGGAUGGAAACCACGGUGAUUCAGCAAACUGCUGCACUGGCAGUCACAACACACCGGCCACCUGUCCCAAGGAUGGAGUCCAAUACUACAACUUUUUUAAGGGCAACUGCCCAGACGCUUAUGCUUAUGCCUACGAUGAAAGCAGCCAAAGUGCGCUCUGGACUUGCAAUCAACCUGCAGACUACACCGUCACAUUCUGCCCCUAA